AUGCCAGCAGCCGCCUCCGAGGGUUUUGCCGUCCCUCGCCGCUUGAGAUUCCUCGGUUCGCCGCUGGAAUGUAGAUCCAGGGAACAGCCACAUCAAGAAUGGACGGGUGCUGGCCGGCGGCCAUGAACAGGGGACUCGCCCUCUUCUUUCUGACCUUAUCUUCCCCGAGGAGCCCGCCAGGGUUAAAAAGCCAAGGAGCUUUUACCAGAUAACCCCUCCCUGAAAAGGAUUACGCACCAAAACCCCCCACAUUUCCUAAUCAAGGACUUAAUUACCCACGUAAAGUUAAUACUAUUGUCUAUAUUCGGCUCCCCUGGGCCCCACAAAUAUGGUCCUUGCACGUGUCAGAGGGGCUCACGGACUUUCAUCGCGGGUUAUCGUAACCGCGGUUCCCCGAGACGCAAACAUCGUUUGCCGGACCGGGGGGGGGGGGUUGGGGGGUUCUCUUUCCCGCCCCGUCGGGGGAAAACGGACGGGGCCUCACGGCGUCAGAGGGUGACGGCACUCAGCAGGAGUGAAUGGAUUGACCCGUGGUUGAGUGGGGACGGCGUUCGUAGACUUGGGGGGGGGGCUCGUUCUUGUCUCUGGCAUCUGAGGCUUGCUGCUUGCUGGUGCUCCCGCUGCUGCUGGUGCUCCCGCUGCUGAGAAGGGGGAAGGGAACAAAAAAGGGUGGUGGUGGUGUGGGGGGAGGGAGUAUACAGCCAACAAAAGGGAAGCUGUUUUGGGGAUGAGGAGAGAAGGCGAGGGAUAAAGCGAGGGGGACUGCUGCGGCAGCGGACGGCGGCGUCUACUGCACAAUUCUAGGGCUUGUCUCGAGUUGGGAGGGGUAAUCGGCGGCGGAGUUGCUGCGGAGUGAUUAGGGCUUUGGUUCGGCUUAUCGGGCCCUGCCUGGGAGGAUUAAUCUCGGAGGUGGUUUGUUUGGUGUGGAGGAUUACGCGGAUCGGGCCUGGAUGAGAGAUCUGAAGUGAGGUUUUGGGGGGUGCUCUGUGGGAUGUCUUCUUCCGAGACUUCUGUCCAGGUGAAUUGCGGAAAUGGGAAGGUGGAUAGUCUGUCUUCCACCAGUAGCGAGCUCAAGGAUGGGGGAACUGCCAGGAACGCGUCCCUCGAGUCCAACCGGGUCUUCUCAGGUGCUCCGGUGCUCGGAAAUAGUGCGUUCCUGGUCGAGAUGAGAUGAUCUGGUCAUCUGUUUCGACUAGUCCUCUCCUUCACAGUACUCACUUCCUUUUUCCCUUUUGCUUCAUAAGAUGUGGAGGACGCUUUGUAUACUGAGCUUUGGCAUGCAUGCGCCGGUCCUCUGGUGACGGUUCCCCGUCAGAAUGAGAGGGUUUUCUAUUUCCCUCAAGGGCACAUCGAGCAAGUAAUUUCCUCUGUACUUUAGUUGUUAUUCCGUUCGUCUGUAAUUUUCGAUGUCCCGAUGUGUUUGCUGGACUUGGGUUCUCUGUCCCUUCUACUUUUCUCUUACGAGGGCUAAAUUCAUGUGUUCUAUGUGAAAUAACUUGGACCUGUGCGUGCGUUGAGACUUAACUUUUGGACUAUCAUCGUUGUUUAGGUGGAGGCAUCCACGAAUCAGGUUUGCGACCACAAGAUGCCACUGUACGACCACCUGCCAUCUAAGAUCCUCUGCCGUGUUAUGAACGUUGAGUUGAAGGUGCUUCCCCUGCAUAGCCGUUUUCCGAUAUGAAAAAAAAGAAUUUUCGGUACCUUUUUUUUCCUUCAGGCGCUGAUGGUGAGUUUUUGUGCGCUAAUAGGCGGAAUCCGACACAGACGAGGUUUUUGCCCAGGUGACCUUGCUCCCGGAGACCAACGUAUGCGCUCCUAUCCCGUUGAUCUAGUAAGAAAAGGGCAGCAUAUGAGUAUGCGCUUACAUGAUAUUGGUGUGUGCGUCUGUCAGCAAGAUGAAAAUGGUGUAGAGAAGGAGUCCUUGCCUCCUUCCCCUCAGCGACCGCACGUGCAUUCCUUCUGCAAGACUUUGACUGCCUCGGAUACGAGCACUCAUGGGGGAUUUUCUGUGCUCCGCAGGCAUGCUGAUGAGUGCCUUCCACCGCUGGUUAGGGCUCUUUAGGAUCCCUUCCUUCUUGCCUUAGUCGUUAUUUCCAGAGGAUCUGACCUUUGAUUUGGUUUGAUUAGGAUAUGGCCAAACAACCUCCAACUCAGGAGCUGGUGGCCAAGGAUUUACAUGGUGCUGAGUGGCGUUUCCGCCACAUUUUCCGCGGUAAUUACAACCUCCCUCUUUCAGUCCGGACUAUUGCCAUCUAAUCCAGCCGGUAACAAUGUUCAAACCAACAGCCUUGAAUGUAGUCCUGAGUUUUUUAGUUUAUCAUAUCAACACUUAUCUUGUGAGGGAAAGCUUUUCUGCCAUCUGAAUUAUCUUAUUUAUUUUAGAAGAAAACCGGGUGAUUUUUCGGAUAUUUGCACUCGAUUCACUUGGAAGAUGUUUCACUUGCUUUUAGUUUCGUGAUUGAAGGUGCCAUUUUUCGCGUUUCUAAGUAGUACACCAAUGGUUCAGCAUAGUUGUAGCAAGUUUUUUUAUUUUUUUGUUUAUUAUUCGUUGACUGGUAGACAAGAAACAUUUCCACGUGCACCUGUCGGUUGUAGCCUAAUUAAACACUUCCUGAAACUGCAGGCCAGCCACGUCGACAUUUACUUCAAAGUGGCUGGAGUGUCUUCGUGAGCUCAAAAAGACUUGUAGCCGGCGAUGCUUUUAUUUUCCUUAGGUCUGUGGAACUUUUGCUUGCUGCUGGGCUACUGAACUUCAGUCCCUGUAGCUAACCAUCGAUUAACAUUUAUACCCCAGAGGAGAAAAUAAUGAACUUCGCGUUGGAGUGAGGCGAGCCAUGAGACAGCAGCAAAAUGUUCCAGCUUCAGUCAUAUCGAGCCACAGCAUGCACCUUGGCAUAGUCGCAACAGCAUGGCAUGCUGUUUCAACGGAAACGAUGUUCACUGUUUUUUAUAAGCCCAGGUGAGUGAAGUUGUUGUGACAUCGAAUUAAUAAAAGAUACUAUAAGUCUUUCCAAGUCUUCAAAGUGAUUUUCUCUGGAUGUGGUAUCUGUUGGUUAUAUUUAUCAUAAUCUUGUGUUUGAGCGUAUUAAUUUUGUUUUUAAUUCUGCAUUCAACUUCGCCUACAGGACAAGUCCGUCUGAAUUCAUCGUUUCAUAUGAUCAAUAUAUGGAGUCUCUAAAGGCCAACCGCUCGAUAGGAACGAGGUUCAAAAUGAGAUUUGAAGGUGAAGAGUCUCCUGAACAGAGGUAUGACUCGGAGCAGUAGUUAUUGCCAACUCAUGAAGUUCUUCUCCGCUCUAGACACUUUAUGGAAAUUGAGUCAGAUAGGAGAAUAACAGGUUUUCGUCGUCCUUCAACCUAUCUGUCAUUGUUUUCGUAGGUUUACAGGAACUAUUAUUUCCAUGGGAGAUAUUGAUCAAAAUAGGUGGUCCGGAUCGAAAUGGAGAUGUCUUAAGGUUCUGUCUCGCAAUAAUCGCUGUCAAAUUUCUGAUUUAUAGAACACUGCUAAUUUUUUUAAACCUUAUUUCAGGUGAGAUGGGAUGAAACGUCUUCCGUACGGCGCCCUGAGAGGGUUUCACCAUGGGAGAUAGAACCUGCCAUGGCUUCACUUCCUUUGAAUCCCCACCCAGUUUCUCGAAAUAAAAGGCCCCGAUCAACUGUGGUGCCCUCGUCAUCUGAUUCUUCUGUCCUUACCAGAGAAGGUAUUUCUUUAAUACAUUGUGGGGUCAACAGAGUGUAAUAUUAUCAUGUCUUUGCAACAACUUGCUUUUUUCUGGUGACAUUUUAGGACAAUGUAAGAUCACAGCAGACCAUCCCCAUACACACGAAGCUCCAAUGGUCUUGCAAGGCCAAGAUAACAAGGCGCUGCAAAGCAACCUUUCUGAAAAUAAUGAUGCAGCUGCUGCUCAAAGGCCUGUUGUGUGGUCUGCAUUGCAUGAUGAGAGAAAUGACGGCGCUGAAAAUCGGAGACUUGGUGGCUGGAUGUCUGUGAUGAGGCACGAUCCUCCUUGUAGUGAUAUGGUCUCAGGCAUGCAGAUUCCCCCAGAAUCGCAUGCAAUUCGCUCUCAGGCCUUCAACCAAAGCCCAGGAGAUGGAAGUCCCUCCAAAAAUCAUUUUAAAGAGACAGAAGGCAAAUUAAAUAUGCUCACAGUCUCGUGGUCUGGCUCGAUGAUCAGUGGGCAUGCUAAUGAGGUUGCCUGCCAGAAUGCGAGACACAUGAAAUUCAGAGGGAUGGCCGAUUUCUCGUCGCACCGAAGUCCUGGGUCUGAAUGGCGGUGUUCAAACCUGCCGCUUUCACCCAGACUGACGAAUAUCCAACGAUCCGGCGCACCAAAGGAGAUUGUGAAACCCCAAACUAGUCAAAGCUUUAAGAUCUUCGGCAUCAAUCUCAACGCCAGUGCAGCAGUAGCAUGUGAGACAGGAGGUUCACAUACUAAUCCACCUCAUGAGCCAGAGUCCCAGGCUCAUGCAGCAUCACGGCAUCAAGCUCAGGUUUUGGAUUCUAAGCAUCCAUGUGAGCAGCCUGGGAGUACAAAGCUGGGUAGCGUUCGCGCUGUGUCAUGGCACCAAGCACAGGAUUUAGAAUCUAAACAGUGUGUGCGCACGAGGGCUACAAAGUUAGCCGAGACUGCAGGUGCAACGGAGGAGGAAAAGCAGACUCAACUUUCCAUGCAGCCUCCAAAGAAUGUUCUGAACAAAAGUCAAAGUAGUUUGACGAGGAGCUGCAAAAAGGUACAUUGAGUGUAUGAGUAUUUCAUUCAUUUCACUCUGACCAUCCCUCAUCUCCUCUACUUCUCAAACUGAUCUUGGAAGGGGUUUUGACCUUUUAUUCCUCUCUGUUUCAGGUCCAUAAGCAGGGGAUUGCUUUGGGACGGUCUGUUGACCUCACCAAGUUCCACUGCUAUGACGAGCUGAUUGCAGAGUUGGAUCAGAUGUUUGACUUCGGUGGAGAGUUAAUGGCUCCCAACAAAAACUGGCUGGUUGUGUACACAGAUAACGAGGGAGAUAUGAUGCUCGUGGGUGAUGAUCCAUGGCUGUAAGUGAAGUCGUCAAGCUCUGAUAUUUCUCAUGCUCAUGAAUCUACCUCGGACAGAAGCCACCCAAUGAGGAUUUUUCUGUGUGCGCAGCGAAUUCUGCAGCAUGGUUCGCAAGAUCUUCAUCUACACCCGUGAAGAGGUCCAGAAGAUGAACCCGGGAACCACGCUCGCAAGGGCUGAAGACCCCAGUGCUUCGUCUGACGAAAAGGCAACUCUUGCGGAGGCAGAGCCGUCGGCCGAUCCGUCCACAUGA